UCCCCCCUCGUCCUAAUCCCGCCACCGUCCCGCCUGGCCCUGAGAUUCGCUAGAUUGUCCCGAGUUUAUGCAAGCAGAAAAACAAAGUUGUUGAUUAAAUCUUAAGUGUCAAAAAGAAAACAGUUUCAACUGCUAUUCAUAUAGAAUGAUAUUUUAGCUCACAUUUAAACGUCGUUGCUUUGUUGUGGAGAGACUUAUUGAUCAAUAGCUAGUUAGAGAAGAAACUGGAAGGGAGGAGGAAGUCAGAUAUCAAGGACUUGGUCUUCAGUUAAAGGGACGUUUAGACAUGUGAUAGCUCAACUUCCAGUAGUGUGUGACUUGGGACACAAGAUCCAAUAUGUAUUCAUAGACUUUUUAACUUGCUUACCAUUACAAUGGGCAAACAGCUGGAGAGGUAGACUACCAUGUUCGUUCGAAAGGGCACGACGCUGAGAAAGAAGCAUCAGUCCAUACGAAGGCCGAGGCAGCAAUCUCUUCCUUGCCAGUUACACCAGCAAGAUGAGCAGGUGGCGGACACGUCUCCUGUCCGUCCUCAGCCAUCAAGUUCGUCCACGCACUCCAACGGAUCCAACACGUCUUCUACACUGACGCUGAAUGAUGAGAAAACGUUGGUGCACCACAGUACCACGUACCUGACCAACGAGACCCAGCAGCAUCUCAACUAUGGCUCCAUCUUGUUUCAGUUCCACGAAGCGCAUGUCGAGUCUGUCGACCUGUACGACUUCCUGCAGAGAGUGUGGGAGAUCUUUUGGCAGUCUAUGGUUUUAACUAUUUUUCUCUUGCUUCUACUUGGAGUGCCCAUAUCCAUGCUUGUUGUAGGAACAUCUUACUUGGAAGACUGCCCAGUAGAACCGAAAAUCCCAAUCUACCUCCUCGUUGGCGGAGCCUUCGGUUUUAUUUUUCUGUGCAUCGUACUAUGGCAGCAGAAGCGGGCUCGCGACUACAUGCUUCUGGACGAGAGCGAGGCUCAAAGUGACCUGGAGGACGACUUCGUCAUGACCCGCAGCUAUCGUUUCACGGAAUACAUCCUGUUCCUCUUUCUUCUGGUCUGGUUCUCCCUGGGCAACUACUGGCUCUUCUCUGUCUGGAGGCCUAACUACACGCAGCCUCUCCACGAGCCCAGAAACUGGUGCUCCCGGCAUCUCUAUCUGUUCACCUUCUAUCAGCUUCUCACCUGCUACUCACUCUUCGGCCUGGCAGUCAUUGGAUUUCUUGGAUCUCUGGCGGCUUAUGUCUGUGGACUUCGGAGGAAAUAGAUCAUUGACUUUCUCGGACGUCUAGUGACCAACACAUGUGGACUUUCUCGGACAUCUAGCGACCUACAUAUGUGGACUUUAAAGAAAAAUUGCUCAUCUCAAAAAUAACUUAUUAACAUAUGAUGGUGGUUUUUUUUUUUUGUUUUUUUUUUUACAUUCUCAAUUUUCAGAUCUUUGCAAUUCUCCUAGCGGUGAGCCUACCUCAUAACCUCAUUCAAAAAGUAAUCCAUGAAGCCUAUUUAGCGUUUUUACGAAAUUUUUUAAAGUGACUCCAUCACCUUUAAGGAGAAAGAUGUGUCUGGAUAGGGGAGUGCAUCGUUGGUAGACGUGCAUAGAUCUACAAGAAGAUUUUCUCAAGAAAUAGAAAUUAAUUUGAAGAAAACAAAAUACACGUUUUACUGUUAGGGUAGAAACUUUUUAAACCAGCCUCGUAUGUUUAUAUUUAUACACAUAGUCCAGUCAUUUCAAAUAUUUCUUUGGACGGAGAUUUUCGGAUUUUUUCAAUAUCAGUGAUAGGUUACUUGUAGGUCCAUUCAUAUAGACUCGUAUGUACCUAAAUAAUCAAAUUUCUUAGGAUGAUGUCUAAGGAUGAUGUCUAAGGAGGAUGUCUAAGGAGGAUGUCUAAGGAUGGUUCUUCAACUUUAAAUAUGCCUAAGUAUGCACAUUUCAACAGCUACUAAAACACACACACACAUACUAUGCCAGUGUUUCUAAAAAAAAUUUCAAUACCUGACAGCUUGAGUGCCUAUUUUUUUUUAUUUGGCUCUUUUUAUGAUGAUUACACAGUAGAUGCAGACAAUAAAUGCUCUAAAGGUCUACUAAGCCCCCCCCCCCCGACUUUUUUUUCCCCUUCCCUUUCCCCAAUGAUCCAGACAGUGAUAGGACAAUAGCGCAUUGAUAACGAUAAAAGCUAAACACAAACAAUUGGUACAAAUAUCACUAAUCGUACAUACUUAUUAUUGUUAAUCUAGGUUCUAUUACAAAUUUUGGUAAUUACAUGUCUGAUCCAAACUAAUUGAUACAAUUACACUAAAUAUAAGCUUUGGUUUAUUUUUUUUUUAAAGUAAAGCCCUUUUUUAUGUUUUUCUUUUUAAAGUUAUAUUUCACUUUGUCCACGUGACUCUCAAGACGUGUAUUGGACAAGGGACAGAAUAUAUUCAACUUGUAAAUUAUAAAUAUUUUUUCUCUAUUUUUUCUAAUGAAACCUAUAAGCUUAUAGCCUACACAUGAAAAUUAAUGCAUGUAUGAAUUUAUUAAAUUCAAUCAGUGCAUCAGUUGCGUGUGUGUGAGUGAAUCUUUCAAUAAGCUAAAUUCAUAUAGAUUUUUAUUAGAUAUUUAUUAGAUCUUUAUUAGAUCUAUCAUAAUUUUCUCUCUGAGAAUAUUAUCACUUUCAUUACUAUCGUUUUACAUAGAUUUUCAAAUAAGCCAUAGACACUGAGAUCUGUGUUUCUCAAACUUUUUCUAGUAACCCACCCUAGAUCAAUAAAAUAAGGUACAUCCACACCCAGAGCCGGCCUUAGGCCACUGCAACCUAUGCAGCCGCAGUGGGCCCCGCACUUUUAUAGGCCCCGCGCUAAUUCUAGGUGUAAAUUAUAAAAUUAAACCAUCAUAACUUGUAUAUAAUAACAGUGUUUCCUCGACCUCCUGAUUUCCAGCACCUCCUGGAAAUCUUCUGAAAUUGCAAAAUAAAGCCUAUGAAAAAGUCCUGGAAAUCUCCUAAAAUGUAUUAAAAUAUCCUGAAAACUCAUCAAAUCUCAUGAAAAAUAGACAAAAUUAGGGCAGUUUGAAAAACGCUCUUAAAUAUCUCGAGCCUAACUAACAAAGAGAACAAAUUAAACAUCAAUUCCAAGUAUGAGUGAAUAAUCUUGUUUACAAUCAUAAAGUUCUUUAUGGUUUACAAGUAGCCUGUUUGUUUGUGUGAUUAAAUCUGAGUUGUGUGAACAAAUUACUAGCACGUCAUACAUAAACAGUCGAAAACAAUGCAAAAGUCAUUUCACUAUAUUAGAGUUUGUCACAUCUCCUAUCAUUCUCACAAACCACUUGCCAAUUUCUCUCAAAAUACAGAUUUCAUAUUCUUUGUGGAACAAUCCACUUCAUAUGACAUGUCACUAACACGUAACAUAGAUCUCUAUUCCAAUGCCAUUUAAAAUGAUUUAUUUGACAUUGUCGCUAACCAACCCUUGACAUAUGUCAUUUGAUAAUUCAUUGAUAUCCGGUGACAAUGUUAUGUUAUAUGUUGAAGUAUCGCGUUGAAAGGUUAAAGUAUCGUGUUGAAGCGUUUGAAGUAUCGUGUUGAAGCAUUUAAAGUAUCGUGUUGAAGUAGUAUAUUUACGAUUAUAAUUUCAUGUCAAGUUAGAAAGUGUGUGGUGAGAGGGGCGGUCAUUACAAAAUUACGUCCAUGUUGACGCCCAUGUUGACGUCCAUGUUGACGAUCUUCUGUCAGACGAGACCUUGGACCAGGCCAGCAUGUUAUGCGUAUGGUAGGCUAUUUAAGCUUAACAAAUAUCUCGCAGGUCUGUAAAGAUCUACACCUUGAUGUAAUGACCUUGUUUUCUAUUUCCCGCUUCUAAUUGUAAGAAUCCAACUAAAUGACAAUCACUUUUGUUUUCCUGUUAUUGACAAUGUAGUUUUGUUAAUGUUAAAAUUCCCAUGUUUGUCUGUAUGCCUUAUGUCAUCUAAAUAUUGAUAUUACUCAACAGAAUAGAACCUUCAAAUGGCGAGGUUAAUUACAAACUUAGAUAAUAUUACUUUUGCAGGCGGUCUGUCUACUUUUAACCGAUAUAGGCCUACACAUGCUCCGAGCUCUCGUUGUGGAAUAAGGGAAGUAAUCCUAUAACUGCAGCACGGAGGAAAUCUGAGGUGCCGGUAUAUAUAUAUAUAUAUAUAUAUAUAUAUAUAUAUAUAUAUAUAUAUAUAAAGGGGGGGGGGGAAUUCUAUUCAAAAUUACCGUUUCAUGAUUGAUAUUCAUAGAGAUAAGGGGUUUAAGCUAUAAGAACCGUAAUCCCCUACUUAUACGUCAUUUUAAUAAAUUAAAGAAAGACAAAGUAGAUUGAAUCUUCUUUUCCACUUCCACUGUUGCUAAAUUUAGAAAUCUUCAUGGCUUUAUCUAGUUGCUUCCAGAACUAACCAAGAAAACUGGAAAAUGGUUGGACAUGAAACUUUUACAUUUUUUUUUAACUCCGGUCGUAAAAAAACAACAACAACAACAAAAAAAAGAUUUUUUUACAUCUUCCCCGCUCCAUCUUUUCUUCUUCCCAGGAUUCUUUGAAAUUUUUUUUCCUUUGUAAAUAGUCUUAUUAAAUAUCAAGUGUUAAUUGUCUAUUUGUUUUAUGUUUCCAUAUUUUAUUGUGCAUAUCAAAUGACACAUGACCUUUUAUUGACCCUGCUGACAUAUUUACACUCUUAAAGUAUUACCCCGCCUCCCAUUUCUUCACUGAUUCUUUGUUGUUUGUUUGACUGUUAUCUCUUCAUAGUGUGGUUAAGAAUAAAAAUCUACAUUCAUUACACUUAUGUUUUGUUUCACUGAUGCAUGUUUCGCUUUGUCUUUUAUGGAAACAUCGUAAUAGGACCAUAUAGAAAUGUAUAGACUGGCUAAUCAAACUCAUUUUAAUGUGCUAUCUUUAUCUGUAGUAAAGAAAACAAGGACACAACAAAACAAUGGCCUUUAAGGAUUUACUCAAAAGAAAACUUGGAUUAUUAGUUUUAAAAAAAUCUUAAUAGACCUACAAACACAAUUCCCAUAUACGCACAUAAAAAAGGAUAUAAAUAUUAAGUCUUUAUGAUCAUUCUAUUACAAAGCUUCUAUCAACUCACUCCAUCUGCCUGUCUGGUACAAAUUCUG